AUGGCGACCAAGGCGAUGAAUCUCCCCAACUUUGGCGGAGCUCAUGCGGCAGGCAUCUUCUCCGACAUGACGGUCGACGGGCCGGUAAUAGGCACUCUGGUUGUCAUCAUGGAUCGCGCCCGAAAUCUGCCCAACAAGAGGACCAUGGGAAAACAGGACCCGUACUGCGCUGCCCGGUUGGGCAAGGAAGCCAAAAAGACAAAGACGGACAAACGAGGCGGCCAGACGCCCAAAUGGGACCAGGAAUUGCGCUUCACCGUCCACGACUCGCCCGACUACAACCGCCUCAAGGUCUCCGUCUUCAACGACGACAAGAAGACGGAGCUGAUUGGCGAGGCUUUUGCCAAUCUCAACUCCGUCAUCACGCCCGGCGGAGGACAGAGUGACGAAUGGCUCGGCCUCAAUUGCAAGGGCAAAUACGCCGGUGAAAUCCGGAUGGAGAUUACCUACUACGACACCCGCGAGAAGAACGAAAAGCCAGCACUGCAGAAAAGGAGAGAGUCAGCCAAGCCAGAAGGCAAGGCUGCUGUGGGUGGAGCGCGCGAGAUGGCACCCGUCAAGCGACGUCCGCUCCCCAGCGACCCGACAGGCGCCACACCAUCGCCCGUGCAUACUCCAGAACAACGAGGACUGCGGGGUGUCAGGGCUGGCCCACGAGAGCUGGGCUCGCCGCGACACCAGCGGACACCAACUGAGCCGUCACCAGCACACCGGACCCAGUCGGAUGCACCUUCACGCAGGCCUGUGCCAGAAUCCUCCCCUCUAAACCCCGCGUCUACGUCGAGCCAGACCACCCCACAGCGCCCCGCCCCGCAUGCGUCGUACAGCACACCUCCGAAUCCACGCUCGUCGGCCCAGAGGAUGCCUAUGGCGAGGGAAGAGAGCUUCGACAUGUCCUAUGCUGCCCCCAAGCCAUAUGAAGUGAAGCCGAUUGAUCCUCUACCACAACGCAUCAGACACUCGGAGCAGAGGAGGAUGUCUCAGGAAGAUGGUCAAUCUCCAAGAACCCAAGCGUUGCAACACCCCGAGCCAGUACAUUCUCACUCGGCCCCAACGGUCCCAACGCAGCACGCCUAUGAGUCCCCGGCACAACAGCAAAAACUACAAGAGCAGCAGAAGCAGAUUGAGUAUCUCCAGCAACAGUUGCUUCAGCACCAGCAGCAUGAGCCCCAACGGAUCGAGCCGGCCCCGCAGCCAGCCCGGCCAGUUCAGCCACCUCAGUCGUACGCGCAAGACCAGUAUCAAGAUCCGACAUACCAGGUUGCGCCUUUGCGAAGCAGUCGUAGCCGCGAGCAUCCUCAGGAGCAGGCUUCUCCAAUCGACCAAUACUACGGUCAGCGAUUCAUCGAGGCACCGCCCCUACACGACGAAAGCCCUACGCAUCGCAGACGUAGUGCCAUGCAGCCCAUGGUGGAAGACGAGGAUGACAUGCCGCCACCGCCGCCCAUGCACAAGCGCAAUGCCAGCACCUUGCCUCACCCUAACCAAGAGAGCUCUGACCGUUACCGCAACGACGGCCCAGCGCCACUCAGCUUUGCAUCAAGGUCGAGAGGAGAUUCACUUCCCUACAGCUACGAUAUGCAGCCUCAGCAAUAUGACCCCGAUAACUACGCACCUCGACAACCCUCUGAACGGCGGUACACUCACCCUCGUAUGCCAACACAGGGCUCAAGUCGUCCCGUAUCUCGUGAUGCUAUGGUGCCGUCCCCACUAAGACAGGAAACACUGCGACAGGAACCACCGGCGCUGCCAACCAGUCUCAUUGCCGGGCUGAACCCGGUGAGGCAAGAGAUCGAGGCGCCACCUUACGAAGCUCCUCCUUCGUAUGAGACACCGCCGCAAUUGCGCCACUAUUCUGAGCCGGCCGAGUAUCGGGCCAUCACACAAUUUGAGGCACCCGUCCAGUCACAGGAGUUGGUCCAUCAUUCUGCGUACCAAUCCAACGACUACUAUCCCCAUGACCCGCCCGAACAGCCUCGCCAGAUGUCACCUCCUGUUUACGACCCCACUCCAAUUGUCAAGCCUCGCGCUACAAGUCCUGGUGUAAACCCGCGAUACUCUCCCAAUCCGACUAUGGACCGCUACUCUCCCAACCCGGAUAUGGAUCGUUACUCUCCGAACCCGGUUACCGAUCGCUCGUCUAGGAUGCCUGCGCGAAGCAUGCCGACCCGCAAGUCGGUGUCACCUCGCCCACCACCCGCGAGGGAAGACACAAGUGAACGAAGACUUUCUGGAGUAGCAUUCAAUCCCGACAGUUUCGAUGUCUACAACCCCAGAAUGUCCAAGUCUCCAAUACCUUCGGACGACGAGCUGGAACGACCAGGUAGCCGCAUGGAGUACAACGACAAGGGUCAGAUUGUCACAUUCAGUGGUCGGGUCGUCGAUGCGUCGGACCAUCUGCCUGUCGACAACUGGGCACCCGAGCCAGUACCCAAGGGCACAGUGAAGGAAAAAGCUCCUCGCAGCAGAGCGCAGCUUAACGGUAGCAGGGAUCUCGAGGCCGCUAUGCAACGUGAGGAACGAUACCAGCGCGAGCGCGCUGACAGAGAACGCAUCCGCCAUGCAGCUAGCAUGAACUUUGACAACAGCAAUGCGCUAGUCACUACGAGACAUGACUUCAACAACGAUUACAACUCACCUGUCAAUGCAGGUGCGUUGGUCCUUGCAAGUCAGAGUCAACACAAUGCGCCUCCUAGUUCUACAGCACGUAGCAGGCCUACAAGGCGAGACCAACAACGUCCUGUAUCUGCCUACGAUACGCCACCGCAGUACAACCUACCAGACAGACAGGUUCUCCGCGAACGCGACAAUCCCAACAGCUAUGGUAGCAAUCCUAGCUAUGACAGACGCGGUACCCAGAGGCAUAGUGUCGCAGCUCCACCCAUUCCCGCCAAGGUACCCAUCGAUAUGAAUGGCGGUGGCUACGGCGCACAGAACGAGGACAUGGCACUCAGCUUGGAGUUGCAGAGCAUUGACAUUGGACCAGGCUCUGGUGGACGCAGACCAAGAACCACGACAAGACGACAGUACGGAUUCUAA